AGAGGAAAUUUAUUCUUUCACUUGGCCAUUGCAUUGGUCUGGCGUUGCAUGGGAGGUUUUAGCCGGCGAUCUGCUAUUCCAGCUCGACUAGGAUAGGCAACUGACUACGUUGGCUUGGUAACGAUGAAAUAGCGGCAGCGUAAACUAACGCACCAUGUCCGUUUCGCGCACCGAUUGGGAUUUGCUGGUAACAGAGUACAAGGCUGUGAAGAAGCAACUUCGCAGCAAACAAGAGGCACUCCGCCUUCUUCAGCAACAAGUUAAGACCUUGGAAGAGGACUGCCUUCGCUUCAAGGAGAUCGCUAAACAGAGUCCUGUCCAUGAAGGUCCACAGCCAUUGCCACCCAAUCAGCUCGCAAAGCCAUCUACUCCUAGCACUGCCAGUGCCAGCAAGUGGCUAAACUCUGAUCCAGGUUGGAAGAGACCGACGGGUGACAGCGGUGAGCAGAUAGCUGGCCUGGAGACUCAGCUUGAUGCACUCACAUUCCAAUACAGGGAGGUUGUGCAGGAGAAACAGGCGUUACAGCAGCGAGUGGAGCGACUCGAAGCAGCCAACAGGGAGAAAGGCGUGCAGGGUCUUAUCAGCGAGCGAGACAAGGCACUGAAGGAACGCAAUGAGUUGGUUGAACAGCUUGAGAAAGCACGAACACAUGCGAGCGAAGUGCAACUCGACCUGGAUUCCUGCCGUGAAGAAGUCGAAGAAGCGACAAGAGAGAAAAUGUUCUUCUCCGGCAAGUGCGACCGACUGAACAAGCAGCUGUUACGGUGUAUUCAGGAAAGGAAGUCAUCUCCAGAGCCGGAAGCGGGAGAGUUCGUGGACAUUGAUGCCAUGCAGCUUGAGAACAAGUACCUGAAGGAGAGGCUGGCCAAAAGUGGCGAAGAAAAACAGGAGCUGAUUGAAGCUAUGUCGAAAAGUAAGCAGCGGGCACCUCGACUUCGACAAGCAUUGCGCAAUGCGACCGCUGACAUGAGCAGUGCUAUCGGUAGAAAUGACCCGAAAGACCAUACAGAUGUGGGUGCACACACCACAGCAGUGGGUAGCACUGGUAACAGCGCCGGUGCUGGAGGUAGCGGAGGCAGCAAGACAAUGAAGAAAGUCUACUCCCUGCGUUCGACCAUUGCUGACCUACAGGCGAUGGUGGCGACUCUGUCCGACUCUCUUCGCGACAAGAACCUGGCGCUGCAGCAUUCCAAGGCCGUCAACAAGACUCUGGCCCAGCGUGUUAUGGCCAUGGAGCGGAAGCUGGGCAGUAGUGCUGUCUCCACGGGCACGACCAAUAUAGCCACGUCACCGCUUGUACCCGCAUCGCAAGCAACAGUGGCGGUUCAAGUCAACAGUGAUGACAACAUGUACUCGCCUUUCACAUUGCCAAGUGUGGCCGGAUCUCAAGGUCAUGACUCGGCUUCCGGUGAUAUAGAUCUAGCAGACUUAGCUGCCACACAACAAACGCAGCAGCUACGUGAAGCGAGCGUGGUGCCCACCGAUGCCGGUUCUAACAUGGAUUCGUUUGCGGAGAUGUACAACCAACUUGGUCUUGAUAGUCCUGGAAAUCCAGAUACCCUAGCAGGAAGAAAAGACAGAAGGAUCAAUGAUGAUGAUGAUGAUGAUGGUGACGAUGAAGGCGAUGAUGACGCCGUUGAAUGGCAGCGGGAGCAGAUUGAAGCCGACCAGUCCCUGGGCAUUGCAAGCAGUCUUGGCCUCUCGUUUGAUGGCGGCGUAUCAUCUGAAGCGAGCAAUAGCAUGGUUGCUGGUGACUGUGACAAUCACCAGGAACAGCCCAGCAAUGCUGUAAGGCAGACCUUAGACCGCAUUGACGAGAACACCGGCGUAGCACAUAACCUUGAGUAUGCGUCCAGUGGAGAUGGAACAGAGUCUGUGCGGCCCACUGGCAAAGAAGAUGCCCUGCACAACGACGAAAUCCUAGUUCCGAAAUCGGACAGCAAUACUGACAGUGACGAUGAGGAAGACACCGACUGGCUGAACGUCCCGGCAAAGACGGCAUCACCUCUUCUUGGAGUGUCCAGCAGUGAUGCGGUCACCACCGGCGACGGCGACACUGACGACCAACGUAAGACUGCCAAGUUCACUGAAAAAUCCCGCCUGCUGCCCGGACGGAAGCAGGAGCCGAAAGCACAGUAUGGGGGCGGGGAGCAGACUCCGUAACAAUCCAUCUCUCACUACUCACCAGCAAUCACGCCGACUCCUGAUACGAAACUAUCCACGUUUAUUGACUCCGAAUUAUGAAGUGAUGUAGCCAGCUCAGUGUUACGGCCAUGGAUAGCAUCGACCAUGUUCUGCAUUUUCCAGUUUGUCAAAUGCUACAAUACCGCUCAGCUUUCGAUCUUUUAUUAGUGAUUCCUGCUUGCAGGCGGUUUGAGCCAAGAAGCCGAAUAUUGCCCCUACCAAACCUUAGCCCAAGGCCUUGUUUUACAGCAGACAUGCAGCUUUCCUGAAUCUAUUUUCAGUUCCUGUUUGGAAUCUAUAAAGAGUUCACCAACACUAAUGUGUUGUGUUAUUUGCUCAGAAUUUUGAAUGAUCAUGCCUUGACUACUGAAGCUGAUGACCCUCUCCGUGCCAAUGUCAGGGCCCAAAGCAGAUUUAUCCUUUAUUCCAGGCAAUACAGUAGAAUGCUUAUUCAUGAUUCGAACCUGAACAGUGAACUAUCACUGACCGAUCCGUUGUCCGAAUUCCUAUUGUACUGAAUCGAAGGGACCUACCUACCUUCCCCCGCCCGAAGCACCAUUCCAAAGGUGCACAGGAUGUGCGACAACAUAUUUUCGUCAAAUUAUUUCCCUCCCUUCGCUGCAUUCAUGUUUCACUAGGGCAGUAUACAAUGGUAUAGGGACCCGACGGACCCGCAAUGUUCUUUUUACUUUACUACUACAUUAUGGAGUGGUGAUCUUUUUCCGUGAGCAUCUUGAGUUCAAAUGAUACUUUGCAAGUACAUGUACAUGUGCUACGGCUUUGGCCGAAGCGCUACAGUACAAUCUGGA